UGUCACGUAAGCAACGGGUCUGUUCACUCACGCCACCCGCAGGAAAAUAGAGAUGACGCAAGGAAGAUGAUCCCGUAACAACAGUUUGUUACUGUUUGUUUCAAAAAUAAAUAUUUGCUGAUGUGUGAUGAUCCCAGAUUAACAACGACGGCAGUCAGAUAUACAGAGCACCCCACAUCCCAGCAGUCAGAGCAGGGCACAGCACUAACGUUGAUGCUGUGCCCUGUCUCUGGCUUCGUCAUAGUCUGUGUAAUUUGCACGAUUGUGCUGGCGCAGAUCCAACCCACCUCGGCUAUUCCUGUUCCCGAUGACGAACGUGACGACCAUCUGACAACGUAUCUACACAAUGGACAUACCUGUUUCAAGUGUGAGCCAGGAACCCAUCUUCUUCGCCACUGCACAAGUAACUUCAACUUGUCGGUGUGCGUACCCUGCACACCCGGUCACUUCCAGACCCACUACACCCGGGCCAAGAGAUGUGAGCCCUGCCACACCCACUGUCUCCAUGACGACAAUAUGAUUGGAGUCAAGGCGUGCUCGGCUACUGAAGAUCUGGUCUGUAAGUGCAGGGAAGGGUUCUAUGAACAUGAGAUUGGACAUGGAAUAAUUCGCACCUGUUUUCCGUACACGCCUUGUGAGCCGGGUCAAAUAGUUGUUAAGAAAGGAACGGACUUCAUUGACCAGGAGUGCGGCUUCUGUGAACCUGGACUCUUUGCCAAGGGAGAUAACUGUGUACCGUGUAGCUCAUGCAGUGGCAAUACCACAGUUCUGCAGCCUUGUGACGUCACAGCUGAUACGGUGUGCUCGAAAGUUCAACAAGUGAACGACACCGGCGUUGAGGUACCUGAUGAAGUUGAAAACGACACGGACACUGUAAAACUGGUUAGCAUUGCGGCUGGCAUCUUUGGGUGUGGCGGUUCCAUCAUUCUCAUCGUUGUCAUCAUCUUCAAACGAAAACGCCCUCCACAAAAUGAUGAUUCUAUUAUACAGACCGACAAGAGUAACGUGCCACUGCUUGUGGUAAGGCCACCAGCGACUGCAACGUCCACUACCACGCCACCAGCGACUGCAACGUCCACUACCACGCCAUCAGCGACUGCAACGUCCACUACGGCGUCGCCAGUGACGGCCGACGACGUGAGGAAGGCGUCAGUGAAGCGACAGCGGUCAAGGACACUGAGCGACAGCAGCGUUGUGAGCGCCAGCACCCAGAUCUACUUUUCCUCACUUCAAGACCCCGAUACAUGGACCAGACAAAUCUUCCCAAUUCUGCAGAAUCAUCUAACGGGAAACUGGAAAAUGUUUAUGCGAAACUUACCAGGUGACGAGGACUAUGUAUCUAGUAUCGACGCUCGCUGUGAACAGAUUUGUGAUGACGUCAGGAACGACGUGCGGGAACAGAUCUAUACAGCUCUCAGGGAGUGGAAACAAGCUCACGACUGGCCCAUCAUGUCGGUGGAGAGCAUUCUGUGCUCCUUGCAAUUCAUUGAUGGAUGCGAGAUAAUGCGGGAGAAAAUAUCCAAGAAGGCAACGAAGCUGGACGAAAAACAAUCGGAACAAACCCAGAACGGGUAGAUAUUUAUGCAUGACAAGCUCUUUAACGAACCCGUUUUAUCGGGAAACCGCAUCUUCCGGAUCAUGACAAUUUAACUUAUGAAUGCUAAAUGAUAUUAUUUCAUCUGCGUAACGAUGUUUCGUUAAUGCGGACAUACGUUAAUCGAGACGCAUUUCAUGGAAAUCGGUCGCAUUAAAAAGUCACUUUUAAACUUUAUUUUCCUCUACGGAUUGGAAAUUUAGACUUUAGUUUAAUUACUGCAUUUAAUUUUCAUCUGUAUAACUAUUUAUACUGUCGUUUGAUUUCUUUCGUUACUUUGUAGCUACAUUUGCCAUUUUUGAUUGAUAAUGUGAUGUUUGAUGUUUUACCUCUGUCCUCAUGCUUUAUAGAUACAUAGAAGUCAAUGAUAAUCAAAGCAUCUACUUUACAUGUAUUAUGCAAUACCAUUCAAUACUAUAGACAGUAAGUUAAUCACGUAUUAUAUUCAUUGUACUUUUCGACACAGUUAAUGUUACCGGUAGGGCAGAUCAGACUUUCCCUUUUCGGGAACACCUGGUGUCCUUACUCGUUACCAGUGAUUCAUUCAUUACAUAUUACACCGCUACUUUGUCUGUUUUGUUCAACCGAUGAUCGAUGCUUUUCGGUGAUGAUUAAUAUAUUAUAUUUUUAUAUAUAUAUUGAAAAGAAAUACUUAUUCUAAUAACAUACCAUAUCUGUGGAUGUUGGAAGUUUAACAACUCCUAACUUCUACUUUACAUUCUGUUCACACAAGUCACAAUAUGGCUGAAGUAUUGCCGAUGUGACUAUAAAUUUGAACUCACUCACUCACUCUGUUCACACAAACCACGGAUGCUUAUUGAGGGAAGGAUGCUGACCAUUUAGCUCUUGUUUUGUAACCAAAAUUAAUGUUUGAAAUAAUUCUUUCAAAUACUCCGCUGAGUUUGGUGCACUUAAAGUUUUCUAUACUGAUACAACAGUGUGUGCACUUUAAAUACAGACCAUUAUCAAAAGGUUAUAGGCGAAUACUACAUAGUUUCUUUACCUUCUAUUUUAAAUCAGCGUGUCAGGUUAUACUCAACCAAAAGUACUUUGACUCAUAUUCUUCCGACUUCUCGUAACCUCUAAAGCUGAACGCGGAGAUGAGAAACACAAAUUUGGUAUCAUUGUCCUCCCCUUCAUUACCAAGACUGAUGUAAACUUCUACUAUCGUUAGUGAAAUAAAUUAUAGUUCGCA